UCACAGCAUCAGCUCACCAAUGCAAAGUAAGCAUGACUGCUACCUUCCUGAUGUCCAUGCUUUUUGGCCUUGCAUGUGGGCAGGCAAUGUCUUUUUGUGUUCCAACUGAGUAUACAAUGCACAUCGAAAGGAGAGAGUGUGCUUAUUGCCUCACCAUCAACACCACCAUCUGUGCUGGAUAUUGUAUGACACGGGAUAUCAACGGCAAGCUGUUUCUUCCCAAAUAUGCUUUGUCUCAGGAUGUUUGUACAUAUAGAGACUUCAUCUAUAGGACUGUAGAAAUACCAGGGUGCCCACACCAUGUUGCUCCUUAUUUCUCCUAUCCUGUUGCUAUAAGCUGUAAGUGUGGCAAGUGUAAUACUGACUAUAGUGACUGUACACAGGAGGCCAUCAAGACAAACUAUUGUACCAAACCUCAGAAGUCCUAUCUGGUGGGAUUUUCUGUCUAACUUUAAUAGCAAUAUGAUUUGCAAUUUGGUUAAAUGUGCUUACCUGGAAUAAAACAAAUAAGAUAUCAUUAUGUUUCACAAUACCUUGUG